AUGAGCCGAAACCAAGCUUUGCAAAGCACACUGGAGCACCCUAAUACACUGCGUAUCUGCAAGAACCUCGCGAGGAGUCUUGAAUCACUGAAAAAGUACGGAGAAGCAGAAGACAUACUGAAGCAGGCCAUCAAUCUUAUGCAGAGAAAAUUCAGGCACCGGGUGGACAAGAGGUGCAGCUUCUUGAGACAGCUAUUGAGAGUCAUGAGAGCACAAAACAAGGAUGGCCAUGAAGAGUAUUUUGAUUAUCUGGGCCAACUCGCCGAAAUUCAGGGCCGGGCUACAUCUGACUCAGAUGAAGAUAAUUCAUCCAUCAAACUGAAUGCCGGCAGCAGACAUUCCCUCAACGGAAGCCAAGUGCGCAGAGAAGGGGACCAUUUACUUGAGCAUUGUUCGGAAGAGUUGCAAGUCGAGAGUACAUUAACAAAAGUUGAUCCCACGGCGAUGGUGACAAACAUGACCAUCCAUGAUUUGGCUCGCGAUUAUGAACUUAUGAACUUGGCCAGUCAAUAUGACGAGCGACAUGAUCAGGGGAAUGCUGGGGGAUUCAGCAAGCCGCUGCUGAACCACGACGACAUACCAACGGAACAUGGCAGGCAACCAGAACAAAUCGGUUUCGGGAUAUCAUGUCGUGAAGGUCAUGCACAAGGUGAUGAGGAAGCCCUACUACCAUCCGCCACACCGACAAUUGAAGAGCAAUCCAUGGAAUUGUCAACGUGGUUCCAAACGGAGCAGGGACAGGGAAAUCGAAUAAUGGAUGAGCCAGAGAAUAUGGAAAUCCGAGUCAUAUCGGAGACGUUGGAACUGGAGGGUACGAAGCGAAAAAGGGCGGACACCAGAGAUUCGGUCACCACGAGUGGUAGCACGUCCAUGGAGCAACCAAGCCGGAAGAUUGCGCGAACAGAAUAA